AUGGAGUACUUCGACUUUGACGAGGCGUCGUUUGCCUCCAAUGCCCGAGAGGACGACGUGGCGUCGGAUUACCUGGAAGUGGACGAGGCCGAUGCCACCGAGAGGUACGAGUCGCUCUUCCACGACAAAACCUUUGAGCUGCACAGGGAUGCCGCACCUGCCGACUCCAAUGACUUCGCCGACCCGGAGCCCCCAACGCAAACUGGGGAUGAUUCCGCCGUCCCGGAGCCCGAUGCUGGCGGUGAUUACCCCAUGUUCCGUGCCAAGGAGCCCUGCGACUUUUGCGAGCGGAUGGGCCUGGACUGCUUUAUCAUCCAGCGAGGUGUGCUGAACAACGGCUGCACCUGCUGUAUCUCUCUGUAUCGCGAGUGCAGCUUCACCCAUGCCAGGGAGCCGGGCAAGUAUCUGGCUACCCUACAUCCCGUGAGUGAAGACGUCGACAUUCCCACCGGCGGUCCCAACGGCAAAAGGGCCCUCAAAUCCCUUGGCGACGACCUGGACGGACGCUCCAGGAAGAGUGGUGCUCGAUUUCCGCGGGAGGCCGUUCGCAUUCUGAAGAACUGGCUCUCCGAACAUUACCAACACCCGUAUCCCACCGAGCAAGAGAAAGACGAGCUGAAAGAGAAAACGGGCCUGAAGCGAAGCCAGAUCUCCAAUUGGCUUGCGAAUGCUCGCCGUCGCGGGAAGGUCCGGCCCUCUCCAAGGAGCAGCAGCCCGCCUGUCGCGGGCGGUCUUGAUGUCCCAGGACGAUCAUCAUCGUCUUCUGGAGGCCUUGAUCUCUCGUCAAUGACACCCCUUGAACGUUGGAAACACUCUCCCCCAGAACACGAAGCCGCCUCGACCAGUGCCAUUAUUCGCGCCAUGGCCAACCCACCAUUCCAGCCUCCGGAGAAACAGCAGAACCAGCAGCAACGUCCGUCCCAGUUUGGACAUGGGCGCUCGCUGUCCCGGAAGACGGGCUCGAGCAAUGACUCCAGCUACAGCUCCAUGUUUCAUGCCCCGUCGGUCAGCAGCUUGGACACCGAAAACCGGUCGUCCAUCUCGGACCUCUCCUUUGCGUCGGCCUUCUCCCAUCGUUCUUCCCUGAAUUCGUUCGGUUCGAUGGAUCGAAAGGAACGCCGCCGUCGCCGCAAGCCGGCAGCUCCCACCCCGAUCCUGGAUCGACAAAAGACUCGAGGGGCUCGGAUCUUCCAGUGCACAUUCUGCACGGACUCGUUCCCGGCCAAGUAUGAUUGGCAGCGCCAUGAAAAGUCACUGCACCUGGCUCUAGAAAAAUGGACCUGUGCUCCCCAAGGGGGGAUUGUGACCACGAGUGACAAGAAGAAGCUCUGCGUUUUCUGUCGCGCGCCGAAUCCCGAUUUCGAGCAUCUGGAAUCACAUAAUUUCUCCUCCUGCCAGGAGAAGACAGUCCAGGAACGGACCUUUUAUCGCAAAGAUCAUCUGAAUCAACAUCUGCGUCUGAUGCACAAUGUGAAAUUUGAUCCAUGGAUGGAGAAUUGGCGAAGUACCACCACCGAGAUCAAAUCUCGGUGUGGCUUCUGCAACGCGACUUUCACCACGUGGAAGGACCGGGUCGAUCAUCUGGCCGCCCAUUUCAAAAAUGGAGCGGACAUGGCGCAAUGGCAAGGCGACUGGGGCUUCGAACCAUGUGUCCAGCGUCUCGUCGAGAACGCGAUCCCACCAUAUCUUAUCGCACAGGAGCGGGCUUCGAUGGAUCCGUACAAGGCCUCCGCCUCGAAUCUGCCCGGUUCGGGAGGGAGGUCUGGAAAUCAGUCGAACCGUUCGUCAGUCCACCAGCCCGUUUCACAGAAUACGAACUGCUACCAACGCCUUGAACGCGAAUUGAAGGCUUAUAUUCGGCGUCAGGUCGAAGCCGGGACCAUACCCACGGAUACAGAUAUCCAGUACGAAGCUCGCCAGAUCAUCUAUGGAACGGAUGAUCCAUGGAAUCAGACGAGUGCAGAUAAUCCCAUCUGGCUGAGCAACUUAAAGCGGGAUUGCGGACUUGAACCGAUUCCUGGAUCGGAUCACAACCAAUUGGCCAACCCAGGGAUGCAGCAGCUGUAUGCAGCCGCGGGUAGCUUGCAACAACCGCCCAUAGAGACAAACCCUAUGCCAGGAUCUCUCCGUAACUCGUGGCCCAGUAACACCGGCCUCGAGAGCCCUGGGUUGUCUGGUCCAGAGUUUUCGGGCUCGAUCUUCAGCCCGGCCGGAUUCCACACCGCCGCCCCGAGUAUGCCAGCAAGCCUGGCUGGCAGUUUUGUGGGUAGUGCCGGGGUGUCGUCUGCUGGCCCUGUUUCUGGAGUAUCCGCUGGUUGGAGUGGUAGCUUUUCAGCUGGGGUAUUAUCGUCAUCGGCUCCGAACAGCGCGCCUGUAACAGUAGAUCCUCUGACGCAGAUUGCUCUCACGCAGAUGAGCUUUGAUCCCGAAUUCCUGGAGCAACUGAACGAUCAGUACGGUGAAAUUCCUGACACGGUGGAGGGUCUGGGUGGAAAUUUUGAUACCCAGGGGUUGACAGGCGAUCAUCCUUAUGCGACAACCACAACAGCCCGGGGGGGAGAUGUUUUCUCUAAUACGAUGCUUGCUACCUCUGGUCCGGGGUCUAAGCCGAUCUCGAUCCCAGGCGCCGACGUUAAUGAUCCUGGCCCGCAACAGCAGUUCGUUGAUCCGUCGUAUUUUGGUGCGUCGAGCUUCCACGGGUGA